UGGGAUGUGAUAUCGAACGGUGUGGAUAUCUCCAAAGGUUUAGCUUUAGGUUUAGUUGUCUGCAUCCGACUACGCCGUACGUCUUUACGUUUGAUAUCAACGGACGAGGCUCGUUACCGUGUCGUUGGUAACGUGGUCCAGUUCGAGUUUAUUCUUGUGUUUGUGGACGGUGUGGCUACCGGAGGAUUCGGAGAAUGGGACGGAUACACACUAGGCGUUUCUGUGUUAGGCCUCAGGAUGUACCUUACUGCCAUUCCGCUGACGGAAGGAAGGUACUUGGCGGCGGCACUCGCUUUUGGGCAAGAAGGCAGUUGCCAGCAUCAGAUUAACGUGGAAACAUCGGAUGUUCAACAGCAGGAAGGCGGCACAGGAUUACGGCUCUGA